AUGCUGCACGUCGCGCGAGUGACAGACGCCAUAUGUGAGAUGAAGCCCAACACGGAGGACGAGAGCUUCUUGUAUCUGGACCCCAAGAUCAAGGCCAAUGGCGACGUACCUCGACAGCGCUCUCCGUUCCGUGAAGUGAUGGUAUUUAUGAUUGGCGGCGGCAACUACAACGAAUAUCAUAAUCUAGUGGCGUCCACAAAGCGAUCGCAGUCGCCGCGAUCGAUCUGGUACGGCUGCACGGAGCUGAUGAACCCAGAGGCAUUCUUGCACCAGCUCGACGCCAUUGGCACAUAG